AUGGCGAUGUGCAUCAAAUGUUUGGCCGAAAAGGGAAAUCUCUUAAAAGAGAAUUGGUCUCAUCAAUGUAAAUGCAAUAAAUGUUACAAUCCCGCACGACCAUCCUACUAUAUUCAGGACUUACUCAAUCAGCUCGAAUUUGAUGAAACAAAGAAUGGAUAUGUUCUUGUAAAAGAGGUUACCAUUCCCAAAUGCCCGAUCUGUCACGAGGAAUACGCUAUGGUGGAUCACUUCCGAGUCAGCGAGAUCAUCAAGUAUGACCCAAUGGGUGAUUCGUCGGAUCGGUUAAAGCAAUUUGUUCCCGACAUCCCGACAUCUUGUCUCUUUGUACCAGGAUUGUUUCAAACGGAAAAAUUCAAGGCAAUGCAAGGCAAGGGCAAACUUCGGGAUUAUCAGAAAUUGAAG